AUGCUGUCAAGAAGCAUAGCUACCGCCGCCCGAAUGGUGCCGGCUCGGGCGCUGCGGCCCCGUUCGCACCCUCUCGUCAUGCUUCCCGCCAUGAUGCAGACCGUCCGCACUUAUGCCGAUUCCGUCAUCAAGGUCCCCCAAAUGGCCGAGUCCAUCUCUGAGGGUACUCUGAAGCAGUUCUCCAAGAGCAUCGGCGACUAUGUCGAGCAGGACGAGGAGAUUGCCACUAUCGAGACUGACAAGAUUGACGUCGCUGUGAAUGCUCCUGAGGCUGGUACUAUCAAGGAGUUCCUCGCCAGCGAGGAGGACACCGUCGUUGUUGGCCAGGAACUUGUCCGCAUUGAGUUGGGCGGCGCCCCCGCUGGUGACAAGAAGGAGGCUCCUAAGGAGGAGUCCAAGCAGUCCGAGUCCAAGCCUGAAUCAAAACCCGAGCCCAAGCAAGAGACCGCCCCCGAGCCUAAGAAGGAGUCUGCUCCCGCCCCCAGCAAGCCCGAGCCUCGACAGGCUGAGAAGAAGGAGUCGAAGCCCCAGCCCGCUGCCACCACUGGUGGCCCCUCUCUUGGUAACCGGGAAGAGCGCCGCGUCAAGAUGAACCGCAUGCGUCUCCGAAUCGCCGAGCGCCUCAAGCAGUCCCAGAACACCGCUGCCUCGCUUACCACUUUCAACGAGGUCGACAUGUCCAACAUCAUGGACUUCCGCAAGCUGUACAAGGAUGACGUUCUCAAGAAGACCGGCGUCAAGCUUGGUUUCAUGAGCGCCUUCUCCCGCGCCUGUGUUCUCGCUAUGCGGGACAUCCCCGCCGUUAAUGCUUCCAUCGAGGGCCCUGACGGCGGUGACACCAUUGUCUACCGCGACUACGUCGACAUCAGCGUUGCAGUUGCCACUGAGAAGGGUCUGGUCACCCCCGUUGUCCGAAACGUUGAGGCUAUGGACAUGAUUGGCAUUGAGAAGUCCAUUGCCGACAUGGGCAAGAAGGCCCGCGAUGGCAAGCUUACGAUCGAGGAUAUGGCUGGUGGUACCUUCACCAUCAGCAACGGCGGCGUUUUCGGCUCUCUCAUGGGCACUCCCAUCAUCAACCUUCCCCAGAGCGCCGUUCUCGGCCUCCACGCCAUCAAGGAGCGCCCCGUUGCUGUCAACGGCAAGAUCGAGAUCCGACCCAUGAUGUACCUGGCUCUUACCUACGACCACCGUCUGCUGGAUGGCCGGGAGGCUGUGCAGUUCCUCGUCAAGGUGAAGGAGUACAUUGAGGACCCCCGGAGGAUGCUUCUGUAA